AUGGAGCCAUCCCUCAGAGACCCCCUUCAAGGCGGUGCUGAGUGCUUUGGGCUUCUUAACCAUACCUUGGACAUGAGAGAUCAACAGCAAAGCAACAGGGAACCUCUGUCUACAGACGGUAGCGACACUCAGAGUCACUUACAAUUGCCUACCAGCGCGAAGCCAGCUAAGCGCAUGCAGGAUGGACCAUGGGAAGUUGUCGUACAAAUGGCCGUGUUUUUUAUUUUAGCAAUCGCCCUCAUGGGUGGCCAUCUAGGGUUCUUCAUAUGGCUUGAUGGACAGGCUGUGGAGUUAUCAGGAAUAUCCCAGUCAGCCCAAUCUGCUGUAGCGAAUUUCUUCGCUGUUGCCGUAGAGUUAGUGAUUUUGGGGGGGAUCGGUGUGGCCUACAACCAAUUUCUUUGGAGGCUCUUUCGCCUCAAAUCACUAAAAGCCAAAACGAUUGACACGCUAGUCACUUUGGUGAUGAGCCCGUGGGACCUGUGGCGUCCUGAUCUUUACAACGAUGCGACAUUUGCAGCCUUGAUUGGCAUCCUCUGUGCUUUAGUUCCCAUCGCUGUUGUCUUUCCCCCGGGAGCCUUGAGCGUGGAAUAUCAGGAAGGUGUGAUUCCGGUUACUUUGACAAAUGUACCGACUAUGAACAUCAGUGACUUUGGCCGUGGAGGUAUGAAGGAUGUUCAUGAGCGGUCAUUCUUACAAUUGGAAGGGUCUAUGAACAUCAGAAGCCAGUACCUUAUUUAA